UUGCCUUUAUAUCAUUCAUGACAAUCUUCUAAAAAGUUGCAUAUGGUUGCAUGCAUGUUUUGUUGUUAUGAACGAUGAUAUGGACACAUAAGAAAAUAAAUUUAUUGGUAUUUUAAUAUUUGAUUAAUAGAAAUGGGUAAUCAAGUAACACGUGCUGGACAUGUAUCUGCUAAAAAAACUGAUAUUGCUGUGCAUACCGGUGACAGUACAAAUGCAAAUAAUCUUUCGAAAAAUUCCUCGGGAACUGAAUUGGAAAGUAAUUCUCAAUUCUUUCCAAUUGAAAGUUUAGCAAAGAUUCUAUCUCAUUUAACUCAUGAACAAGAACAUAUAAAUGGCAUUACAGUAUCUGUAUUUCAACGUUAUCUCUUUCCUAAUUAUCUAGAGUUAGGUGAAAAGUUAUUUAAUUAUCUUCACCAUUCUGCUAAUAUUAAUACUUCGUAUUUGAGUACUAAUUCUUUUAAACAACAAGCAGAAAAGUUUCUUUCUGUAAUGAAUGAUCACACUAUAUUAGAGAAUUAUGUAAAAAUGUAUUCUAAUAUAAAAAUAGAUGGAAGUAUAAGUCCUGAAGGAUUAAAAGCUUUAUUGAAUAUUUCUUACAAUAUUGCUAUGGAUAAUAGUGGAAUUUCUUCCUGCAUUUAUGCAAAUCAAAUAAUAAAUGCAGCUGUUGUAUCAUGUUUUCAUGGCAAACAUGCUUUAUCUGUAAGUUAUGCAAGUAAUUGGAUCUGGCAACAUUGUCCUCGUAUAAUAUAUGGUCCUCAUCGUUAUAUAAUACAUGUGUUCACAACUGCUUAUCGAAAUGGUGAAAUUCUUUUAUCCAAAGGACAACCUCAACCACAUUUGGAGAUACCAACACCUAUAUUAGAACAACCAGAUUCCUUAGACUUUCCUCAAAUUUUAUUACCUGUGAGCUAUGUGUGGUUAUUAUCAAGUACACUACCUGAAUGUUAUCUUCAGGCAGAUGAUUCACCAAAAGAUAUUACUCAUGCUCUUAUAGCUAAAAGAAUGGGCAAUGUAUGUGCUAGACAUUGGACAUUAUUGUAUAAUAGCUCAGAACAUGGAACAGGAGCUAAUCGUUUUCUUCAUCAUGUAUUAGGAUAUAGAGGUCCCACUCUUUUAUUCAUACGAGCUGUUAAUUCAAAUGUAGAUACUGUAUGUCCUACAUAUUGCAUAUGUUCAGCAGUAGAAUGGCGCGAAAGUCAUUUAUAUUGGGGUAGUGAAAAUUCAAUGGGUAUCGAACUUUUUCCCUCAUAUAGAGUUAUUGAAAAAGGAGUUAAAGUAUUAUAUUUAAAUACUAGUAUCAGAGGUUAUCCUCAUGGAUUACGAUUUGGAAGUAAUCCUCGUUCACCAUAUAUUAGUAUAGAUGAAUCAUUCCAUUCAGUCAGUAUUGCAGGUGCACCUUAUCCAAUUGCUAGUUUAGAAGUUUGGGGUUGUGGAGACACAAAAUUAAGGGAACGUCAAUUGGAAAUUAAAAAAUGGCAAGUGAAGGAAGCAGAAAAACAAAGGAUCGUUAAAUUAAGUGCUAGCGAUUGGAUAGAUCAUCCUGAUCGUUAUUUACUUGAAUUGGCGGGUAGGGCAUCCUAUAAUGAAUCAAAUAAAUAGCCCUAAUAUAAUGCUUUAUUAUAGCACAAAAUUAAUUCAAGACUAUAUUAGAUUAUUUGUAUAUAUGUAUAUAUUAUCAAGCAUCUUAUUGCUUGAAUAUGUACUUAUGCUGUACAUGUAAGAUCGUAAAUGUUAUACUUGAUUUACUUGGUUUUAUUCAAAAUGUAUACUAUUCUAGUAUAUUAUGAAGCAUAAAUUUUCUUUUAUUUUAUUUUUAAUUACAAAGAAAAAGGAAUUUUUAAUUUAUUACUUAUUUUUUAUGAAAUUGUUACUUAAAAGUGAUUAAAAUACUUCAAAGAUGUAUAUGUAUACUUCAAGUUUGUUUUAAAUAAUAUUUUCAUGCUCAAUAAUAUUAUUAUAUUAAUAUAAAAAAUAUAAAAUUUUUAAAAUAUCAGAAUAAUCAAAAUGAAAAUAAAAAUAAAAAUAAAAUGUGUUAUUUUAUAUGUAUAAUUAUAAUCGUAAUUUAACACUACAGUAUACAAAAUUUUGAUAUUACUAUAAAUUUUUAAUAAAAUAUUAAAUAUAUAUAUAUACUUAUUGAAAAUAAGUCAAAUAUAUAGGUGCUAUUUUUACAUAAUUUUUAAUCAAAUAUUUAAAUGGUGUGUCUCAAGUUCGUGCUAUUUAAUUUAAUGUAGAUAUAAUAUCCAGAAUUCGCAUUCAUUUCAUAUUUUUAAGCUGUGACUAUUAUUGUGUGCCUUAUAGUGUAUGUACUUAAAAAGAUACUUAUUUAAAAAGCAUUAGAUUUUAAUUUUAAAUUGAACAACGAAAAAAAAAAA